AUGUUGGCAUCAAGAGCUCGGAUGGCUCAAUCACGGCUCCGCAUUGGCACAGCGUUGGCCCCCAGGACAAAGCCCCAGCCCAACAGCUGGCAGGCGCAGCUCAAGAAGACUAUCACGUGGCUUCUCGACCCCGUCAAGCGCACAGGCAGCAUUGCAACCAGCAACCUCGGCGGCAAGCUGGCCGACGUUGACAACGAGUAUGAGCUGGACAACAACGACGACAACAAUGCCGCCUUGCAGCUCGAGGAUGCCAACCUCAGUACUGUACCGUCGGCCGGGCCGAGCCCAGCAGGACGGUCUAAGUAG